AUGGCAUCCAUAUCUCCCGAGCAACUAAAAGUGCUCGAACAAACCCGCCAGCGCCUAGUCCAACUAACCCAGUCCCUCGCCUCGCUCAUCAACAAUAUAAACCAAAGCGAUCCCCUCCCCUCCUGGUCCUCCCUCCAAUCGCAGGCUACUAUCAUCUCCAACAACCUCCUCAACGUCUCUGAACAACUCACAGACCACCAUGACCUGCUCUCAUCCCUCGUCGCAUACCCUACCCCUCAAUUCCCCGGCCGGACCGAAGCUGCCAUGCUUUCACAACUGCUACGCACCAAACUCGAGCCGCGCGUGGAGGAUUGGGUCUCCCAGGGCCUCUCCAUGGGCAACGCGGACGCGACUAGACGUAGGACGGGAUUGACAGCGGAGCAGCUGGCAGAGCUGUGGCAAUGGGCCCCUGUCGAGGCGAAUAUGGAGGCUAGAAAGCGGAAUUGGGGAGGUGAUUAUACGCGGGAGGAAAAAGAGAUGGGCGUUAAGAAUGUUGUGACGGGGUUGAAGAGGAGGCUGAAUGAGGAGGAUAGUGGGAGUGAGAGUGGGAGUGGAGACGAGGACGAGGGGGGGAAAGGAGAGGAGGGAGGAGGGGAUGGGAGUGGGAUGCAGGUUGUGGGAGUGCAUAGGAGAGCUGGGGCCGGCGGAGUGCAGUUUGAUAUUUCGAGCGGGGGAGGACAGGUACCGCCUGUACCGAUGUCGCCUGCACUACCGUUGCAAGAUGUGUUUAGGUUCAUGAUGACAGGGGCGUCCCCGAAGGGUCGUUGA